GAUAUCCCGGUAUUCACAGGUCAGUACACAGUCUCUUCUAUCCUACUUCUGGGAUAUUCUAUAUUACACUUGUACUGUUAUUACAUUACACUGCCACCAUCCCCAUGGAUAUCCCGGUAUUCACAGGUCAGUACACAGUCUCUUCUAUCCUACUUCUGGGAUAUUCUAUAUUACACUUGUACUGUUAUUACAUUACACUGCCAUCAUCCCCAUGGAUAUCCCGGUAUUCACAGGUCAGUACACAGUCUCUUCUAUCCUACUUCUGGGAUAUUCUAUAUUACACUUGUACUGUUAUUACAUUACACUGCCAUCAUCCCCAUGGAUAUCCCGGUAUUCACAGGUCAGUACACAGUCUCUUCUAUCCUACUUCUGGGAUAUUCUAUAUUACACUUGUACUGUUAUUACAUUACACUGCCACCAUCCCCAUGGAUAUCCCGGUAUUCACAGGUCAGUACACAGUCUCUUCUAUCCUACUUCUGGGAUAUUCUAUAUUACACUUGUACUGUUAUUACAUUACACUGCCACCAUCCCCAUGGAUAUCCCGGUAUUCACAGGAACUCAUGCAGACUUGCUGAUCACAGUGUUCCACAAGAUCAUCACUACAGGACACCAGAGGCUUCAGCCACUGUUUGACUGUCUGUAUUGUUGUAGGAACUCAUGCAGACUUGCUGAUCACAGUGUUCCACAAGAUCAUCACUACAGGACACCAGAGGCUUCAGCCACUGUUUGACUGUCUGUAUUGUUGUAGGAACUCAUGCAGACUUGCUGAUCACAGUGUUCCACAAGAUCAUCACUACAGGACACCAGAGGCUUCAGCCACUGUUAGACUGUCUGUAUUUUUGUAGGAACUCAUGCAGACUUGCUGUCAUAAUGUUCUACAAGAUCAUCUGUA